UCCCCAACGGCAGCGCUCAUUCAGCCCCGGAGCGUUGGACACGGCGGUGCAACUUCCAAGUUCGCCUCGAACUUCGCUUCCAAGUUCUGGAGUGAGACCGCGGCUACCCGCUGAUUUUUCCAGACAGCUGCAGCGCCGUGAAAAGCCGCAUGUCACCUCUUUGCAUUGCUGCCUCGCGUACUGAAUGAUUGUUAACUAAUUAAAGUUUGACGGAGUUUAUUCGAAGAAAACUUUCCCCAGAAGACGUGCGGCAUGGCCGUUGCCGUGGCGCUCAUUCUGCCUGCUACUUUGCUGCCGACGCUGGUAAUGACCGAACUGACGACCAACGCGCCGUUGUGGGACGGCGCGUGGAACAACACCACUACGACUGCGGCACCACCACCGGGGCCGAACCACACGUACCAGGACCCGACAUAUUACUCAGUCAACUACCGCAUCAUCGGCACCAUCUUCCAAGGCAUCAUAUUCGGCGUGGGUGUCUUGGGCAACAUCAUGGUGGUCAUCGUAGUGAUGCGCACGCGGAGCAUGCACACGCCCACGAACUGCUAUUUGGUCAGCCUGUCCGUAGCCGACUUCAUGGUCCUGGUCGCAUCAGUGCCGAACGAGAUCAUCUCCUACUACGUGCUAGGCGACGAGUGGAUCUGGGGCCGCGCUGGGUGCGCACUCUUUAUCUUUCUCCAGUACCUGGGCAUAAAUGCGUCCUCGCUGUCCAUUACGGCCUUCACCGUGGAACGCUACAUUGCCAUCUGCUUGCCCAUGAAGGCACAAACCAUGUGCACGGUCAAGCGCGCCAAAAAGAUAAUACUGGGCGUGUGGCUGUUCGCUUGCUCCUACUGCUCACCUUGGCUGGCUCUGACCACAACCACGGCCGUCUAUUACAAGGGCCACGACAACAUAGAGACUUGCACGUUCGCGCUGUCCAGACACCACUACCGCAGCUACUUCUUCGCUGACAUCAUACUGUUCUACGUCGUGCCGCUGCUUCUCUCGUGCGUCCUCUACGGACUUAUGGCCCGCGUCCUUUUCCAGUCUAACUUCAACUCCAAGGCGAAUGGCACCACCGACUCAAAGAAGAGCUCAAGCAACAGUAGCUCUAGGGUCCAGGUGGUGAAGAUGCUGUUCGUGGUGGUGGCCGUGUUCGCGACUCUCUGGCUGCCAUACCGGGUGCUCUUGGUUUACAACUCGUUCGCCGAGAAGCGCUACAUGGAGCUGUGGUACCUCAUGUUCUGCAAGACCAUGAUAUUCAUCAACAGCGCCAUCAACCCUAUCCUGUACAACGCCAUGUCCAUCAAGUUUCGGCGCGCCUUCAAGCGCAUGCUCAGCUGUGGCGCCGCCCGCGGCUCUCGAGACAGCCGCGGCGGCACCGAGCGCACCGUGGCAGGAACCUACUCGAGUGUUGUGGGAGGCGGCUCAGUGCGCCUCAACCGCAGCACUUUCGUCGCGCCAGCUGGCAAGGGCAGCACGAACAAGAACGCACUGGUCGACACCAGUCACCAGCUGGUGUAAAAGGCGUCGGCACGGUCCGGCAAUAGCCGCAGCGUCAGCUUCUCGGAGACUCACAACAGCCGCCGUUGGCCUGUGCUUCAUUUCGAGCCCUUUCCUAAGUGGGUGUUGGCUUCAAGUUAAUUGCAAACCCCACGAAAGCGAUUACAGCAGAAACCACCGGCUAGAGUAAGGACAGUGACCACGAAUGGAUUAUCUACGCAGUAAUUAUCAGACGAAAGAGUAGGGGCGACGCAAGAAACCGGGAAAAAGACUUGGAGUUUCUCCAGCACGAGUGUAACGUGUGCUUGUGUGCGCGCGAGUGUCUGGCUACCAACCAAGCUACAGAACGACAGGUAGUUUGAACUUUAAGGAUUGCGUUGACACAGGAUAUACCAAUCGUAUGUUGCGGUUGUUUAUACGCAGAAUUCAGAAGAGUCCUUUACUUUGCAGUGUGUUGUUUCUUGGAAACCGUAUGGAGAGCAGUCAUGAAACAAGGAAUGUUAUUAUAAGUCGAACGCUGCAAAGCGUGCCCAACGAGCGCUGAACCAUGUGCGUGAGCUUUUAGCUAUGUAUUCAUCUUCACUGCUUGCUUCUCCUUCUGCGAAAUCAAAUGCAUCGUGUGCACAAUACCCAUCGUGGAUGCCAAGUACGACCAACAAGCAAUGUGUCGUCAAUGUCACCUGCUGCACCACGUCGCAUUCAUCCCCCACUCCUUCAUUCCAACCCCAAUGUUAAAGAUUGCGCUCAGGCGCAAGUUUACUGCCAAGAGGCAGACACACGCAGAGAGAGAGGACGAAGAUGCAUGGAGGUUGAUAGAAUAUUGGACUAUUGGCCCGGUAUAUGUCAUGCAUCCCAUAGUCUGGAACAUUUUUUUAUAUACCAUUCUAUACAAUCACCAGAUGGUAGCACCGACACAUGGUCGUACAUCAACCAGCUACAUGAUAUCUGUAGCUGUCUCCGAUUAGAAUGGCCAAGAGGCACCGCAAGAUGUGCUUGUGUGGCCGUGUAUUCGAAACACCCUUCCCAAGUCAUCCUUCUGAGUUGCAGAUCCCCAGUGUGGACGGCGCCAGUGGCUCAGCUCUGCAAGCGAUGACAUUGCUCAGACUUUGCCUCGAAAACCUAGUGUCGUGCACAGACUUAUUUGUUGGAUGCGGGGAUUGUGGGCGCAUAUUUGUCGCGAGUAGUCACUUCUGCUCGUCCUCAUUUUGCUUUCGUGCGUUGAGGAAAAACGCCGCUUUGUGUGCAGUGUAUGACAGCUACUUGUGUGCAUGCUGCUCAAGAUGCAGGAAAUCACUAAUGGAACUGCUUGUUAUUCGCUUCCCGUCAUUUGAUUUUCCCAGGUAUUGUGCACUGGGUGUUUAUUAGAUGGUUGUUUAUUCACUGUAAGAGAUACGUGUGUCAUUAACCAUAUUAAAACAUCUUUAAUGCAGCGUUUUACGUGGAUUCGCUAAAACUUCACAUUAUUGUGGUUGCUACAAGAACUUUGUCAUUAAGAAGCUAGAAAAAUACAAGGUCCUGCUUCCGUGUGACUGUCUAUUUUACUAGGGACAGCAACCUUAAUCCGGCUGAAGAAAACGCCAAAAUGUAAAAAAACGUCGUGUCUGGUAUUCACGCCACAGAGGUAAUGCGCGCUUUUCUAUGUAGCAUGCUCCUAUGGCACCGAAAUAGUGGGCACCCCACAUGAAGCAGUGCUUCGCAAUCUUGAACGACAGGGUAAACCAGAAUGUCCAACCGUGAGUUUAAUUGCAGUGCUCCCUAAUCUAUUAAGGUAUAUUUCUUAUUUUAAAUGUUUCCUUUUUUUCAUGUAAAUAGGAUGCUUCACAUGGGUGCACGAAAUAAUAUGCUGGGAUCGUGUAGAUUAUAUUUUCUACGCGUACCACGUUGUGUUUGUGAGCUGCUACGUGUUUCCCAAGGUCAGUGCUCUGUGAAAGAUAUCAAUGACAUUGUUGAACCCCUCUGUCAACUCGUCAUGUGCUUUUGAACAUAUUCUUGAUGUUGUGGCUGCGAUGAGUUGAUGCUGUAGAUGAUGCCUUCGCUGACACUGUUUCUGAGACAUAUUAUUGGAAUCAGGUGGCGUAAUUACGACAGAACAAGAACUAUUGACAGUGCUCACUAAUAGUUUUUGCCAUGUAUUUACGUCUUGCAUGUAGGUGCUUAGUUACCUCUUUCCGCGUGAGAGUUAAGCAUAUAGGUGUAUACAAAGAUAUAUAACCUGCCAUUGUAUCCCAUGUAAAUAGCAAACACUUACACAUACACGCAUUUCAUGGUGCAAAAACAGAAUAAGUAAGCUUUUAAAAGCCGUACGGUAACAACUCUGUAACUUUAGCAAAGACAAUUAUACUAUACAGCUACAUAAGUGCAUGCGAAUGUUUUAGAAAGUGUUUAAGGACACUAAGCAAAAUUUGUGUAUUGGGUAAUGUUCUGACUCAGAUAUAACCUUCCCGACAUACGUCGAGCAUUUUAUGAGGAAUUAUGGCCCAUAUUUGACUAUCUGAGUUAAUUACAAAAGCAGGGGUCCUUUUUUAUGUUACGAAACUUGUUGCCCGAGAUAUCUCUUAUCGUAUAAGGAAACUCGCAUAGGCCGGAAACCGUCUUUUCUAACGACUAAUUUUCAGAAUAUCUAUGACAUCUUUUCCAGUGAAAGAAGCAUUCAACCUAAUACCUGAAAAAGUCAUUGUAUACGCGCCAGAUGUUUUCUAGAUUGUUCUGUUCGCAAGAACAUAAACCUACCAAAGCUGUUAUACAACUUCAAACGCAAUUUUUUAUCCCACUUAGUCACCAAUAUAUUUUGUGAUUCUGUAUAUUUAUAUAGGUUGCAGUCACCAACAAAAAAUGCUCCAACGACAUUAACUUCGUAAGUGCGAAAUUGACCGGCGGAGCUUGCUGUAGAGCACAAUCAAACCUAUCUGACGCAACUGCUCCCGGCGAUUGUCAUUGAACACUUUGCUAAGUGUCGCAAAGCACUAUGUAAGACAUAACAGAACUUGUAAUUACUUGUCGUGUACCGUAUGUAGUGUUUUAGUGAAGUGUGUUUCCCUGAAAGAACCAAUUUGCCAUAUCUGCCCACUGUCUUUGCGAAAUGGCUUUUCCAUCAAAUUGUUUUCUCCGAGAUUAUAAUGCAGCGUCUGGUGUAAAUGUCGCACCUCAGGUGAACAGAAAUUUAUUCAAUAAUCGUUGAUUAAGAACUGAUGACUUCGUAAAUUGUAGAAUAUGCUCGUGGCUGCGAAGAAAAUGCGUCACAGUAGACAAUGCGUGAACUUGCAGAACAUUUUUCUGCCCCCGCGAACCGCAAUCUUUGAGAUUAACAGUAAUGUAUGUAAACGUAGCACAUAUAUGUGGGGUAGUAUUUUGUUUAAAGUAGAUUUCCUGUAUAUAAAAAAAGCAUUUCUUGUAGUUGUCACUGUUCUUGACAAUGACAUCCGAGAUAAAACGUUCAAGUUUUAGUUCCUUCUGCGAGGGAACCUUAGUUCGAGAAGAUCUUAGGUCAUUACGAGAAGCAUAAAAAGAAGGUUGUGUUUUUCUUGUUCUAGAACAUUUUACGUUUAGGCAAACAUUUAAAUAACGGCUGCAUUAUCUUCGUUAUCGUUAACAGCAAUGAACAGCGCUCGUUGCUGUUCGCAAAAGUGGUUUCUUGCGCACCUCUAGAGGACCAAGGGAACUCAAAAACGUGCCUAUUUUCAGAGUAGUAUGGGCACAAAGUGUUUGAGAUUAAUUCCAAUUAUAUAAUCUAGUUCUAUGAAAUGCCAGUGGCAUAUAAUUAUUUUAUCGCGAUAUAAAUGACAUAAAUACACAAUAAAAAUGACCUGUGAUUGUGAAGUCGGAUGCUUGUUGGUGCAGUAUUUCAUCGCUAAAAAAAUAACAAAUCUAUAUGUCAUCGUGUGCUGCAAUUCCUGUAUCCAAUAGCAUCUAUAAUAUAGAAUUUUUAAUAAGGUUCUUUAGGAAGCGAAAAGCAUCAUAUAUGAUUAUUACACGGACACAUAGUUAUUCAAUAUGGGAAUCAAGGUGAUUUGUGGUUUUUUUCCGCGUCAUAGAGAAAACUAAAGUUUUGAGUCAGUAUACUUACUAUCUUUGUAGUGAAAUAACACGUCAAAGUGUUCUAGUCAAAAAUGUGGGAAAGUAUGUAUAACGUGUUAACCCUUUAAUGACGGCACACAUAAAUACCCGAAAACAGGUUUUUUUUCUAUUUAAGUGUGCAAACACAUCGAAAAUAAGCAUAAUAAGCAAAAAGAAAAAAAAAUCUGACCGUGCUUUCAAAAGAUACGCCGCGUGUUGGUGCGCCGAACGUCUACAACCUUGUUCUAUGUUUAUGCUCUAAACCCACAAAUGAUGGUUGCUGCCUGCCAUUGAGUGUUGGUUGAAGACAUUUAGCCAGAAACUUCGUAUUCAGUACCAAAAUUCAGCAAGAAAACAAAUUUUGCCGGUAGGCAACAUUCGUAAACAAAGGGUUAACGUUAUUCUGUUGAAAAGCGGGGAGGACGUGUGGUUGGGGGUUGUUGUAGUGUCUUGGCUGUAAAGUGAUAAGAGAUAUAACCAUUUCGUACCGUAACUUAAAUCCACCUUACGCGCUCCUUUUGUCAUCUAUCUGUUGCCAUUUACUGUUUGCUGUGUUAUCUGCGCAUGCUAAGUGUCAAUAAAAUGUGUCGUC